AUGUCUGUCCAAUACUGUAUCGAUAAAUGUCUCGUGGUCAUUCUACGGACUAUUUUCGCCAUCGUAUCCUAUUUCGCCCGCGGUGGCAUUAAAGCAUACCCUGAUGAAGUGCGCCAUAUCGCAUCUCGCGAUGCUGGCCGAACCAUCAAGGUUCAUGUGUAUACAUCACCAGCUCCAAGUCCAUCACCAGUCCUGAUCAACUUCCACGGCAGUGGCUUCGUGCUCCCUCACCACGGUUCCGAUGAUGAGUUCUGUCGACAAAUCAGUCAACGAACCAAGUGCACGGUCCUUGAUGUUCGCUAUCGCCUCGGGCCAGAGUAUCCAUUCCCUGCCGCGUUGAAUGAUGCUGAAGACACCAUCAACUAUGUCCUAGGCCGCCCGCAGGAAUACGACCUGUCGCGCCUAUCUCUGUCGGGAUUCAGCGCAGGUGGCAACCUCGUCCUCGCUGCAUCAGCCAAUUUAUUUGCUCCACACACUUUCCGCUCCUUGGUCGCCUUCUACCCAGUGACUGAUCUGACCGGCACAGCGACUAAGGUCGCUCCCAACCCCACGGAAGCGGCAGAGAUUCCCGCGCCUCUAGCCCGUCUUUUUAACCGGUGCUAUGUGCCCGCCAGCAUGGAUCCGCGCGAUCCGCGCAUUUCCCCCACAUUCGCGCAAGCAGACCGCUUCCCACGCCGCAUGCUUAUGAUCACCGCUGAUGGAGAUAAUCUCGCGCAUGAGGCAGAGGAACUGGCGGGCCGGGUCCAAAACUUGCAGGGCGCGCAUGUGGUCAGUGAACGCAUGGUGGGCUGUUCUCAUGCGUGGGACAAGACCACGCGGCCAAACUCCCCGCAGCACCUACACGAAGCCAAGAAGCGGGCUUACCAGUUAGCGGUGGAUAUGCUUAACGGAUAG